ACGAUACCUAGCAUUCAUAUGAAGAUAUUAUGCUUUUAAAUUCAAGACAUAGAUUUAUUAUGUUUAAAAAUGUGAGAUAUAAUUUUAAUAUAAUGCUCAAGCUAGCUCAAGUAUAUAAAAUAUUAGAAGAAGAAGAAAAUAAAGGAGACAGAAUGAAAGAAAAAGAAUGCAUUGAAUUAAUGUGCUCGGUCAUGGAAGCACAAGCCUUGUUGGGCCAAAUAAUUAUUUUAUUAAUGGCUUACAUGGCAAAAUAGGGAGAAGCCAUGUAAAAAGUGAAGAUUAUGUGGAUGCCCAGGUAUGAUUUAAUUUAGAUAAAGAUUAAGGCCUGGGAGAAUGACAAGUGGUGUUAGAUCGGAUUACAAAGCAAUUCUAUAAGAUAGUGGGCAAUUACCUCGAGAAAGUUAUGGGCAGUUACCUCGUGCAGUUAUAGUCUUAUAGAAGACUAACAUGAAUGAAGUGGUUAUGAGAGGUUACCAAACCCUCUUAUCUUUUUUAUUUUUUAUUUUUUAUUUAUUUAUUUAUUUAUUUUUUAUUACAAAGCAAUUCUAUAAGAUAGUGGGCAACCCUCUUAUCUUAACAUCGAGACAGUUGGCAUUGGAAAAUCAUUAGGAAGAAACAGAUGAAAAGUUUAAUUGGGCAUAACCGUCAAGGCCUCAAGUAUAAAUAGAGGCUCAUUCUACAAGAAGGGGAUGCCACACAUAACCGAGAACAUACCAGAGCAAUAUUGAGAUCAUAUGUAUUUAGUUUCUUAGGAGAUCUAGUAGUUCUUAGGCAAGAUAAAGUACUUUUAGGCAUUAUAGAAGACUUUAUGCUUGUAAUUUGCUUCCUUUGUAUUUGUGAUCUUAUUCAUUCAAGUAUUAGCGAAGUUUGAUGCAAUAUUUAAUUGUUGAUCUAUGUUUAAUCUGAUUUCUUGCUUGUUUAGAAUUAAUUUGAUGUUAGAAUAAUGACUUAGGCUUGAAUAUGUUACAAUUGCCGCAAUUUACCUUACUUUGAGAUGAUCUGCUCUGGAUUUAGUUUACUUUGAGAUGAUCUGCUCUCGAUUAGUUUACUUUAGGAUGAUUUUCAUCAAAAUGGUUCACUUUGAGAUGACACACUCAAAUCUAACCAACUUGUGCAAAACGUUUCUGUAUAUGAGAAGGAUUGUUUCCUUUUCAAAUCCUCUACUCUCUUUAGCCCCAAACCUCCCCACUCUAUGUCACACAUUGAAUUGAAAGCUACUUAGUACAUGAGUAAUCACUUCCACUGCAGUAGGAAUCUGCUAAAUUUCUGAUCAAUCAACUUAAUGGCUAUCUUAGGUGGUAUGAAGAUGUUAGAAUAGUAUAACUAUAGGCUAUAAAGCACUAAGGAUAGCAAUUGCAGCCUCCCAGAAAAGGACAGUUUCUUAGUUCACCAGGACAAUUCUUGCAUCUUAGACCUUGCUUGCAUUGUUUGAUUUUAUAUAUAUAUAUAUAUAUAUCUCAUUUUCUUUAACAAGAAGUAGUGGUUCUGGCUUAGUCAAUAUGCAUUUGAGUUUAAAUCAAUCUAAAAAUGAUGUUGGUAAUUAGAUGUAAGUCCAUUUUUAGACCCACUCUUGUCUACAAACUUCUGCUAUUUCUUUUUGCUGUUUUUCUAAGAGGGAGGACUGAAGAUGCAGCAGCUAUUGGUGUAACCUGCAAGGACUGUCAUUGGAUUGAAUGGCUGCAAAGAAAGCUUUGUCAUUGAUUUAUGAACUUCUAUCCCUAUUGUUUUACAAGUAUACUUCAGUCUGUUGGAAUGGACCAAGAAGUUACUAUUUGGAUUUAAGAAGGAAUGGGAGCAGCAGUUGAUCAUGUUAACCCCAUGGGCAUGAGUGGAGGCUCAGCUGAAGGGAAUGACAAGAGCGAAGGGCAGCGCUUUUCCUGCAAAAGCAAGCUGACAGCGCUUGUGGUGGAUAAUGGAGGAGUAUGCCGUGCCAUACAGACUGCGCUCCUACGUUCCUAUGGUGUGGACACACAAGCUGUAGAGACUGGGGAGGCUGCAGUGGAGCUCAUUGCCUCUGGAGCAACUUUCAAUCUCAUUAUCAUUGAGAUGCUUCUGCCUUUCAUGAAUGGCCCUGAGACUGCUAAGCAGAUUCGUGCCAUGGGUGCCCAAAGCAAGAUUUUGGGGAUCACUGGAUUUUUUGAUGAAAGGGACCAACAAGAAUUUCUUGCUGCUGGAGCGGACGAUUUCAUUGAAAAGCCAUUGUCACCAGAAAUUGUGAUCCCAAUCAUAAGGGAGCUCGACAACUAGAUGUGAAAGCGCACAUCAAAAUAGCUAGAGGACUUAUUGCAAUGCUAAUCCCUAUCAUAUUAUAUCAUAUCAUAUCGUACUGUUAUCUUUUUCUAUGUUCUUUGUGUGGACUGAUAUAGUCAUUUGUCAUAGGUACUUGAAGUACAUCUUUAGUAUUUGUGGCAAUUGGAGACAUAUGUCCGUAUCCUUGUCCUUUAAAAUUUAAAUAAAACCGUGUCCUCUAAGCUUCUUGCAAAUUCUUGUAUCAUUUGAUUCUCUUUUGUUUUAU